UUGACCUGGCUAGAGGAGAGAAAGAGUUCUGCGAUCAUUCACUUUAGUUUUUUCUAAAGAUUGUUGAUUUGGCCGCUCCUAAAGUUUCUGCUCGCUCUCUCUCUCUCUCUCUCUGAUGGGUUUGUUUUGUUUUUUUCAGCCUAAUGAUGGCCUCAUUCACUUGCAUUGACACCUCUUUGGACUGCAUAUUGAGAGUUCAGCUACCUAAUGCAAACUCAAUGCUUUGAAUCAACUCCAGACCUUUUAUCUCAUUCAUUUGUCAUGAAAAUGGAGGGACGCUGCAAAAAAAAAAAAAAGUCUGUAAUUCCUAAACAGGUAAUGCAGUAUUUUUGUUAAACCCUUUGAAUUAAAGCUGAAAGUCAAUACUUCAGUCACAUCUUGAUUGCUUCAUUUCAAAUCCACCGUGGAGGUGUACAGAGGCAACAUAACGAAAACUGUUUCACUGUCCAAAUACUUAUGGACCUGGCUGUACUUAUUUAGCUUUUAACCCAUCUAUCUGCUUAAUAAAUUAUUUACUUGUUUGUUUAUACAUUUACUUACAUACCCAUCUAUUUAUUUACUUAAUUUUUUUUACUUACUAAAUGAUUUAUUCAUUUACUUACUCAUUUAAAUACUUAUUUACCUACUAAAAUAAUAAAUUGUAUAGUAAAAUGUGUUUGUGUAUGACCUCUAGAAGCUCUACAGUGAGGGUUUGGUGUGUAUAUUUACCUUUUGCUCAUCAACGGAUUUAUUUAUUUAAUUUUUUUUAGAGGAAUAAAGUCCAACUCAAACGUCCACAAGCUAAGAAACGAAUUCAGUAAAUUAAUCAGUAAACUUUAUGGUCUGAGAAGACGCGUCUUAUCUUGGCUUCUGUUCAUCUCAGUGUUAAACCUCCUGACCUUUUCUCAGAGAAGAGCCUGACCUUGAGCGCCAGGCCAUAAUCAAACGUCCCGUACGUCACAGUCUUACAGCAGCGUACGAGUUGUAGUGUAGCUCUGGAUCACAGAGUCCGGCGUAGAGGCUGAAGGAGCUGUGAGAGAACUCCACCAUGCUGAAGAAGGUGCUGCUGUUCGCUCUGGGUGGAGCGGCUGUCUUCACUGUAGGGAUCCUGAUCGGGCAUUUUGGGAUCAAGAAGAACACCUCGGCUCCGUUGCCUGAGUGGGUGCGUGAGGUGGCUCAGGACGUGGACGAGAACCUCAUAGAGAAGUUCAUCGCUCAGGUGGACACCACGCAGAUUCGGGAAAACCUCCAGGUGCUGACCCGUGUCCCCCACAUGGCCACCACGGCCGGGGACGAGGCCACGGUGGAAUACAUGCUGAAGCGAUGGCAGGACAAAGACACGGGGCUGGACGCCGCAUGGAGGGAGGAUUACAGAGUUUAUCUGUCCUUCCCAGACAAAGACAAGCCGAAUAACGUCACUGUGGUAAGAGGUUCUGAAGUCGUGGCCUCCGUACGAGAAAAAGAGAAGGCGUAUUAUCCGGAGCAGAACGAUCCGGACGUGGUGCAGCCGUACGCCGCUUUUGGACCUGCAGGACAUGCCAAGGGAAAACUUGUGUACGCCAACCAGGGGAAAGUGAGUGACUACGUGUAUUUAAACAAUACCCUGGGCAGCUUAAAUGGAACAAUCGCCAUCGUCAGAUAUGGAGGAGCAGGAAGAGCUGAUAAAGGCUUCAACGCGGCCCCUUUUGGAGUCGUCGGGGUGCUCGUCUACACAGAUCCCUACGACAUCAACGACGGGAAGAUGUCGGAUGAAAGUGAAACAUACCCCCACUCGUGGUACCUCCCGCCAUCCGGCGUCGAGAGAGGAAGUUACUCGACUAGCUUUGGAGAUCAGCUGACACCGUACCUGGCUGCCAAAAAUGGCACAUACCGAAUCGAAGAGAAGGACAUCACUGGGGUUUCGCCCAUUCCCAUCCAGCCAAUAGGGUUUGAAGAUGCUAUGAAUUUAAUAUGCGAGCUUGGUGGAUCUGAGGCUCCUGAAACCUGGCAGGGCUCGUUCCCCUGCAAGUACAACUUUGGUGGACCGGGAUUCAAAGACACUUCUCGUUUUAAAGACUGUGAUGUGCAGCUGGACGUGUACAACAAGGCAGAAUUAAGAGACUCUGCAAACGUGAUGGGAGUGAUCUGGGGCAGUGUAGAGCCAGACAGGUACGUGAUCUAUGGGAACCACAGAGACAGCUGGGUACACGGUGCUGUUGACCCCAGCAGCGGGACAGCAGUCAUGCUGGAGAUCACCAGAAUCCUGGGCCAGCUGGUCAAGACAGGACAAUGGCGGCCUCGGCGGACGGUGAUCUUUGGCAGCUGGGGAGCAGAGGAAUUCGGUCUGAUCGGAUCUGCUGAAUAUGCUGAGGAGUACAUAAGCAAGCUGAGCCAGAGAACAGUGGCCUACAUCAACGUGGACAUCUCUGUGUUUGCGAAUGCCACACUGAGAGCCUCGGCCAGCCCCGUAGCACAGCACGUCAUCUUCGCUGCCUCCAAACAGGUGAAGAUACCUGGAUCAGACACUGUAUCCGUCUACGAUAACUGGAUGCAACAUUCCAACCGGUCGAGUCCCACGUACGGACUCAUCCCCAAUAUGGGAUACCUGACAGGAGCAGGAAGUGACUAUGCUGCCUUUAUACAUUACCUGGGAAUAUCCUCCAUGGACAUCUCCUACACUUAUGACCGGAGCAAAACCAGAGCACGUAUCUACCCUGCAUACCACACUGCGUACGACACAUUCGACUACGUGGACAAAUUCAUUGACCCAGGCUUCACCAGUCACCAGACGGUCGCGAGGACAGCGGGGAACGUCCUGUUGCGACUAGCCGACAGCAUUUUACUGCCCUUUAAAAGUAGCGACUAUGCCGAGACUCUCGAGCAGUAUCUUAGCGUAGCCGUGGAGAACUUUGACGCAGAACUGACGGCUAAUGGCAUCUCCAUGGAACCUUUAAAAGAAGCGGUGAAAUCAUUCCGGAGUGCAGCCCGGAGUCUGGAGGAGACCAUCAGCAGUUCGGAUGUCGUGAGCAACUCGCCGCUGAAAGCUCGCAGAAUCAAUGACCAGCUCAUGCUGUUGGAUCGAGCGUUCCUGAACCCGCUUGCCUUCCCCGACAAAUAUGGAUUCAGGCACGUGAUCUGGGCGUCCCGCUCCUCCGGUCUGGCCACGUUUCCAGGUCUGGGAGACGCCGUGGUGGAAGCGAGGAUGAGCGGCCUGAAGGAGGACUGGGCUCAAGCACACAAGCACCUGUCCAUCGUCGCACAGGCCAUCUCCGGCGCGGCACACACUCUCGCUGAAGCACACGCUGCCCUGUAACACACGGCUUCAUCAAAGCAGCACACACAAGAUGUUUUCUUUUGUUGUUGUACAUAAAUCUUUUGUAUACAGUCCUAAUUGUAUAAAAGAAAUCAUUUAAUAACUAGCAACGGGAAUAAAUAAUAAAAGAAACUCAUACAU